AUGGACGGGGACGGCUUCAUCUCGGCGGCCGAGUGGCUCCAGGUGCGGUCCACAAGUGACGCUGGCCUCAUUUUCGAGGCGGCCGGGGGGGACUUACUCUCCGUGGGCCUCGACGGCGACGGCCCGAUCGACCUCGAGGAGUUGCGCGACGAAUACUUCGGCGCAAGGCCGGGCAAGACAGUGGUGCGCUUCGUGGAGGUGGCCUCUCGGAUAGCUGCCGCGCGCUCGGCCUGGGGCUCCGAGGGCAGGCCGCCGGCGGAGCGCGGAGCGACCAUGCGCGCCGAGCUUGCGGCGUUGGGACCCGUGUUCGUGAAGGUCGCGCAGACGCUGGCCACGCGCUCCGACAUCGUGGACCAGGAGCUCGGCCGCGAGCUGGGCCUCAUGCAGGACGCCCUGGGCACAUUCGACAACGCUGUCGCGCUCGCGACCGUGCGCGAGGAGUUCGCGGACUGGCCUGGGCCGGUCGUCGCCGAGGGGUCCGCCCGAGGCGCCGCCGCCCAGGGCGCCAGGCCCUUGUUCGCCGAGCUGUCGGCGGAGCCCGUGGCCGCGGCGUCGCUGGCGCAGGUGUAUCGCGGGGCGCUCGACGACGGCACCGACGUCGCCGUGAAGGUGCAGAGACCUGGCCUGCUCGAGCAGGUGGGCCCUCGCCCACCAGCCCCGACGCCCUGA